GCUGCUAGUAAACAGGAAACGAGUAGCUCGUUUGUCGAAUUAGCAGAGAAGAUGGCAGCAAUAACUAGGAAAAGAUCCGCCGGGUUCUUUUCCAGCUUUAGUGUCGUUGCACUAGUUGUAUGUAUCGUUGUCCAUGCAGACAUGGUAUCGGCGUGGGAGAAUAUCUGUAAACCUGGAGAUAUAUACAUGGAUUCACAGACGACUGCAGUUUCCGAUCCGCACUGCAACACUUGUACAAAUUGGUGUAUUUCACAGUGUACAAACUUAAACCUUUCAAUGGUCAGCGGCACGAAUUUGUGCUCUAUAAGUAAACCUUCCACCCUCAAUUGCAAGUGUUGCUGCGGAGCAUCACCCUCCUCUCCAGAAAAACCAACCCUUCCUCCUUCUGCAUCAGAAUUUAAUGGCCCUCCGCCAUAUGAUUUUAAGAUAUGUGUGGGUAACCAAACAUAUCAGAAGUUUCAACACCAUGAUGGGAAACAUUGCAUCGAUACACCUCUAUGUGAACAAAAAUGUAAAGAGAAAGGCCUUACAAGAGCAAGGUCUGAGUGUGUCGCUGCUGGUCAUAAUACAACGACUGCGCUUACCUGGUAUGAACAAUGUUGUUGUCAAAAGCCCGUGCCUUCUCCACCUCCCCCAACACCUCCAACAAGUAUAUGCGAAGCCGACUGCCCUUUCGUGAAGAGAUUGGGAUGUGCGCUUUUUUUCAAAUCUUGUAGUUGUUGCUGCAAGAGUAUAUUAUUACCUUGUCAUGAUUAAUUACUCCCAUUGGUUUCUAUUAUUCGCAGCAAUACAGUGAAUAAUAUAUAUUGUAGUGACACUAUCACCACUUAUUAGCUAGCUGCAGUUUAAUUGAUGGGAUGAGAUGAGUCAAGCUAUCUUUAUGCUUUUAAUAAGCAGCAUGUAGUGUAGGUCAGGUGUACGAGUUUCAUCUUUAAUUAAUUGAUGCACGUAGUUGUAUUUCAAUUGAAGGCGAUAUGUCAAUGUACCGUGUGUUUCAA